GGGGGCGGGACCUCGGCGCCGGGGGCGGGGCUGUGCCUGGGGAGGGUUCGCUAGUCGCGCGGCCGUGGCGGCGGAGGCUGGCGAGGCGAGGAAAGGGGCGCCGGGACAAGGUUCGUCCAUUAGCGCCAUGCCCCAUGUCUCCAUGAAGCUGAAGUGAGGGGUCCAGCUGCGGGGCCCAGCCCUGGCCAGGGCAGCAUGAUCAAGCCCCGGCUCUUCCGGCUGUGGCUGGUGCUGGGUUCCGUCCUCAUGAUCCUGCUCAUCAUCGUGUACUGGGACAACGUGGGCACCGCCCACUUCUACCUGCAUACAUCCUUGUCCAGGCCGCACACCCUGGAAUCCCUGCCCACUCCCGGACAGCGGGAGGAGAAGGAGUUCGCUUCCGAUGUGGAUGAGUUUUUGGAUAAGCUCCUAAGUUCCAGCUCGAAGAAGAAUGACCUUUCCAGGAAAAAGACGGAGCAGCCCUUGCUGGCCUCUGGCAAGCCAGCGUUGAGCCACAUGGAGGAGAGCGUGCGGGGCUACGACUGGUCCCCCCAUGACGCCCAGCAGAGCACCGACCAGGGCCAGCAGCAGGCCGAGAGGAGGAGUGUGCUGCGGGACUUCUGCGCCAACUCCAGCCUGGCCUUCCCCACCAAGGAGCGCUCCUUCGACGACAUCCCCAACUACGAGCUGAACCACCUCAUCGUGGACGACCGCCACGGGAUCAUCUACUGCUACGUGCCCAAGGUGGCCUGCACCAACUGGAAGCGCGUGAUGAUCGUGCUGAGCGAGAGCCUGCUGGACGGCGGCGCGCCCUACCGCGACCCGCUGGACAUCCCGCGCGAGCACGUGCACAACUCCAGCACCCACCUGACCUUCAACAAGUUCUGGCGCCGCUACGGCAAGUUCUCCCGCCACCUCAUGAAGAUCAAGCUGAAGAAGUACACCAAGUUCCUGUUCGUGCGCGACCCCUUCGUGCGCCUCAUCUCGGCCUUCCGCAGCAAGUUCGAGCUGGAGAACGACGAGUUCUACCGCAAGUUCGCGGUGCCCAUGCUGAGGCUGUACGCCAACCACACCAGCCUGCCCGCCUCGGUCAGCGAGGCCUUCAGCGCCGGCCUCAAGGUGUCCUUCGCCAACUUCAUCCAGUACCUGCUGGACCCCCACACCGAGAAGCUGGCGCCCUUCAACGAGCACUGGCGGCAGGUGUACCGCCUGUGCCACCCGUGCCAGAUAGACUACGACUUCGUGGGGAAGCUGGAGACCCUGGACGAGGACGCCGCCCAGCUCCUGAGGCUCCUCAAGGUGGACACGCGGCUCCACUUCCCCCCGAGUUACCGGAACAGAACUGCCAGCAGCUGGGAGGAGGACUGGUUUGCCAAGAUCCCCCUGGCCUGGAGGCAGCAGCUCUACAAACUCUACGAGGCCGACUUUGUGCUCUUCGGCUACCCCAAGCCCGAAAACCUGCUCAGAGACUGAGCGUCUGCCUAAACGCGCGCUCCUUCAGCUCCUUCAAACUGAGCAAGGGUCGGGCGUCUCCCGAGGACAGGGCUGUCCCGGGUUUUCCUCCCAGUUUGAUGCAGUCGGAAAUGCCACGCGCUCCCCUGGGGAGACCGCGGGGGAGACCGCGGGGAAUCUGGUCCGCAGCACACACACUCCAGUUUUUUUUUAAAUAACCCAUGGUUUUACAAUCCGGACUCAUUGUUUACUCCACAGCCUGUAUUCAUUGAGCACUGUUAAUACUGUUUUGUAAGAUUAAUAUAUUUCAGAUAUUUAAUAUGAAAGUGGGAGGAAGCUGGAGUAAAGCGUGGCUUGAAGUUGGGCUGUUUAAGUCAGGUUUUUGUCACUAUAACAAAAUCUCCAAGGCCAGGUAAUUUCAUAAAUAAAAGAGGUUUGUUGCCUCUCAGUUUAUAGGUUCAAGGGCCUGGUGCUGGCAUCAGCUUGGCUCUGGUGAGGAUCUCAGGGCAGGUGGCAGUGAUGGGACUGUGUGUGAAAGGCAGAGAUCAUAUCAGCAGACAGGAGGCCAGAGCCCAACAGGAUCACAGCCUCAUCUGAGGUUUCACCCACUCAACCUAAAGACCUCCCUCACCUGGACCUACCUGACCAAACCCAACACCUGGACCCCGGUCAACACACCCACUCCCAUACUAUAGCACAGGCCUUGCCUGUUUUUGUAGAAGGGCAGCAGACAAAUCCGUCCAGGGUGAAAGCCUUUUACUAAGUGAUGUGUUUGAGCAGCCAGAUCUUUCAGACUUUCUGUUGAGAUCGGGUCAUGGGUAAACUGUCUUGGCGUCAGAGUCACAGAGGAAAGCCCUUCUCACUGCAGCCCUCCCUUUAACCCAAGUCCAGUCGUGGCUGUUAGGGUUUGCAGCCAGCAGGGAUGGUGUGCACUGGAGGUUGUCCCUGGGACAUGUUUUCUUGGUGUCCAGUAAUACUGAGGAGAGCUCAGGUACCACCGUCUUCCAGCCUGGGAGCCUUAGCUCCAGUGCUCUUCACCCUCAGGGACGUGCCUGACUCUGAGGGACCCAGAGAGCUGCACGAGGAGGCCUGUUCAGCAUCCGGCUCACGCUCCUGGGCAGUUUCAGCUUGUGACCCACAGCGCUGGCAUCUGGGUUUGUGCUGCAGCAGCACAUUGGUCUCUUCCUUCCAUCUGUGGAUUGGUCAUUGCCUCCCAGUCCCUGGAGAGCUGGCACUGCUCAGUGGGGCACCAUCCGCAUCUGCCUAGGCCCAGAGGGACGGGAUCCUUGGAGGUUGUGGCUGCUGGGUGCCCUCGGCUCUGCCUCCACAGUGUCACCCAGCUUCCUUUAGAAGCAUCUUUUCUUUUUAAACAGUUGGCAGCAGAUGUGGCAAGGAGUCCAGUGCUAGGCAACUUCUGAGUAGCCCCAUGUUGGCACCUGCUGGGUACCCUGCUCACACAGAGUUGUCUCUGGUGCCUGGUAAGCAGGGCACCAUGCCUAUGGACGAGUCAGCCACUAACUGUGCCUUCAAGCCUUGUGGUGAGGUGGGAAUCUUCUGCUGCCAGGCCAAAAGUUGAUCCCCUUUGGGGACAGUGCACAGAGGAGCACAAGGCUUCCUGCAGAAGGUGCACUUGGGCCAGGCCUGUCAGAGAGUGAGGUUUUGACUCUUGAGGUGGAGCGCAGAGCAUCAGGAAAUGUGGGGCUUAUCAGGGGAAUAGAGAGGGUGGCGCAAGCUCUACAGUGAAGUGUGGACCACACAUUGCCUCAUCUCUGCUCUGACACCCGCAUAUCCUUGGCAUAUUUCUCUAGGGAGGAAAGAGGUGGAGCCAGCCAUGGUGGGUGGUGCACACCUAUAACCCCAGUGACACAGGAGGCUGAGGCAGGAAGAUCACAAGUUUGAGGCCAGCCCAGCAACUGGGCGAGGCUCAGAAGUAAAGAGCCCCCAGGUUCAAUCCUUUGUGCCACAAAAAGAAAAGAAAAAAGAAACAGGAUGUGGGUCCAGUUCUGACCCCAGGGCCUGUCACAUGGCCACCACCCUGCCAGGAUGGGAUGGGGUCACAGGUGCUCUAGGGGACAGGUGGUCCAGUGUGUCGUCUGCUUCUUGACCGUCAGGCCAGGAGCCGAGGUUUCAUUGGUAGACGGCUGCCACAAAUAUUGAGGUUUUGGACAGAGGAAGUUGGGUGCUUUGGGAAGGCCAGUGCUAUGUGGGUAAGGGGAGUGAAGGCAGAGGGGGUCCUGAGAGGCAGGGAGGCAGGUCAAGAGGCCACUACAGCUGCCCACAGAGAGGGGGCUGGACCCAGCGGAGCUGACCAAUGGGCAAAGGUGCAGCCUGAGGUCACCAGCCUGCAAACCCUGGGGACGGGAGCACAGAGCCUGCGAGAAGGGCAGCACCUUUUCCUCUCUGUGUCGGUUAGGAACAGGGCAGGAGGAUCCAGAGCUACCUCGUUCACUGCGCCCUGUGUUCUGGGGUGCCAGCAGGUCCACUGUGCAUAGGAGGACCCCUCAGGCCUGCCACUCUACCCUCCCGUGUGGGAGAGGCAAAAGCAAGUGGCCCUGGAAAGUGUGGCAGGGACCAUCGGCUCUUUUCUUACAAUUGUUUUCAUUUGAUAAAAUUCACAUCACGUAAAAUCCAUCAUUUCAACUAUUUUUAAGCACAUUCACUUGUGCUGCCCACAGACUCAUAUUCCCAGCCUAAUGACCGUCCCUGGUCAACACUGCCUUCCCCGGCCCCCACCCCCAGGUCUUGGCUCCCACCAUCUCCUUCCUGUCUAUAGGGAUUGGACAACUCCAGGGACUUCAGAGAGGUGGACUCCUACAGCUUUUGUCCUUUUGUGACUGACUGAUUUCACUUUCCAUCAUAUCCUCAAAGUUCAUUGUGUUGUAGCACACGUCAGAAUGUCUUUCCUUCUUGAAGCCAAAUAACAAAAUGCUCUGUUGUGUGAUAGACCACAUUUAUUAUCAUUUUUCACAGUACUGGGGAUUAAACCCAGGAGCUCAUACAUGCCAUACAUGUUCUACCACUGAGCUACAUCCCAGGCUACUUUAUUUUUAUUUUGAGACAGAGUCUUGCUAAGUUGCCCAGGCUGGCCUUGAACUUGGGAUCCUCCUGCCUUGUCCUCUGGAGUAGCUGGGAUUACCGCUGUGCCCAGAUAAUGACCACAUUUUGAUCAUCUGCUUAUCUGUUUGAUCCUGGGUUGUGUUCAUCUUUUGUGGAUUAUGCAGCUAUGAACAGGGGUGUGCAAAUAUCUGAGUCCCUGUUUUGGAUUCUUCUGGGUCUAUAGGAGUGGAAUUGCUAGGUCCUAACUGACUGCUAACUUUUUAUAAACUGAGUCAUUGUGGGAAACACAAAGAAUGUGUUCAAUUGGACUGACUGGUGUGUUUGUAUUGCAAAUUAUAUGACACAGUUUUAGGGUGAGUCAAGAACAUUCUGGGGAAAAAAACAAGAUUAUAUUUGUGCUA